UUCAGAACUUUUCUACUGGCUGCAGCGCUUUACGUGGAGAGUGCGGGAAAAAUCAGCAGGCAUGGCGGGGCGCGGGAAAAGAAAACCCAGAUCUUUGCCGCAGACAGAAACACCAAACGGGGAGGUGAAAAAAGCAAAAGAAGGCCAGAGGGAUGAGAAGACAGCUGGAAUGCGAGAAGAAGUGGAAAAAUUGUACAAGCUACGCAUGCCUGAUGAUUUUUUCCAGUUUUGGGAAUUUUGCAAGGGUCUUAGUGCUGACUGUCCUCAAGAUGCCCUAAAGGAAACACUUGGGCUUCGGCUAGUUGGUCCGUUUGAUAUCCUGUCCAAAAAUCACAAAAACUCAUCUUCCUCUCAACCCAACUUUCACCUUCAUUGGCGUUAUUUCUAUGAUCCCCCAGAGUUCCAGACCAUCAUACAGGGCAGUGUAGACACCCAGCACCACAUGGGCUACUUCAGAGAUUUACCUGAUGCUUUGCCUGUGUUCAUUGGGGAGAAUGAAGCCAAGAAGGGCUGUACUAUCACACAGAUGGGGGACAACAUCUUUGCAGCUGUUCUGCUGUUUUUGCAGAAGAAAAGGAAGGAGAGAGGACAACAGAAAAACGAAGAAGCUUUGGACUGGUUAGAAGAAGAUUUGAAGCGAGAGGCCGAGAGGUUAGAUUUGCCUCUGGAACUGAAAACUAAAGCAAUGAAGCAAAGAGAGAGAAAGGUGGUCACAAAGACAUUUCAUGGAGCGGGAAUUGUGGUUCCUGUGGAUAAAAAUGAUGUUGGAUAUAGAGAAUUGCCAGAAACCGAUGCAAGUCUGAAGAAGAUUUGCAAAACGAUUGUAGAGGCCAUAGAUGAUGAGGAGAGGAUGAAAGCUUUCGCGCCCAUUCAGGAAAUGAUCACCUUUGUUCAGUUUGCCAAUGAUGAAUGUGACUACGGCAUGGGCUAUGAGCUUGGGAUUGAUCUGUUCUGUUAUGGCUCACAUUAUUUCUAUAAAGUGGUACGUCAGCUGCUGCCAAUGGCGUACAAUCUGCUGAAGAGAGGCCUGUUUGGAGAGAUACUAGAGGCGCACCUCGCCAGCCGUUCCCAGGACAACCUUGACCAACUCGCUGCUGUCUGAUGUUUAUUGAGUGAAUGAUAAGCUAUUCAGAAUGACUUCCUGUAAAUGGUGUUGGGGUGGAGUCAGCGACCGAUUAUACUGCACUAAAUUCUGCUGUUAGGUGCUGCUGGUUCAUUGAAAAUGCUACAAAGCCCAGAAAAGGUUUGUUUUUUAAACCUAAAUUACGCUUACAUUUCUAAAAGGUGUAUUGGAUAAUUAAAUUUAAGCAUCUCCCUUUAAUUGGUUUAACGUAAUUAAAAUGAAUGGAAGCAUAUUUGCUGCUUUUAUUAACUGCUUAGUCAUACAUUUAAAAGUGAAAUCAAAUAAAGUUUUCCUCUCCAGGUUCUUCAUCCUGAAAAUCAACAUUUUCAAGUAAUACUGUGCCUUUCCAAACCUGAAUCUCUUUCAUUUACAGCUGUCGGUCCAUAGAAAAAUGAGUUACGGCUGCUGAGAGUUCAGUAUGUUGCAUAUAUUAUUUACAAUUCUGCUUUCUGCAUUGGCAUUAACAUAUUUUGCAUAACCCAGUUACUUGAAAGCAAAUGGUCCUUUAGUUUGCCAGUUUAUUUAAAUAGUGACUCCUGAGUGCUGAUCAACAACUUAGCUGUGGUUUCAGAUCAGUUCAAGUUUAUUUUCGUGAAAGCAGAACUUAAUAUGCAUAGCAAAAGUGACUGAUUCUUGUUCGAAAUGGUACCUUAAGUAAUCUGUACUGAGAAAGCUUAAGCUAGAAAAUGAGUUUCAUUGUCAAUUUAUUACUGUCUCUGUUCAUCAUUGGUAUGAUCAUUCCGUUAUUGUUGUCCAGUACUGUUCCAAAGUAGAUGUUU